CUCUUCUGUGGAUUUUAGACCGUAAAUGUGGGGCUGUUCGUGGAGAAUUAACUGGCAUCGCUGUUCCUGAGCCAACGGCUUUGGCUAGUUAGCAGCAGCUAGCUCAGACAGCAAAGCUCUUAGAAACCGGUGCAGGCCCCGUCCCACGCCAGAGGGUCUGCCGGGCGGGUCUGUCCAAUGACCUGCCAGUCCUCCGAGUCCUCAGAAACCCUCGAGACCGACCGCCGAGCCAACGCCACCGCCACCGCUGUGGAAUCAGACGAGAGAACCAUCGCCGUAGCCAUGAAGGACCUGAGGAACACAGGCUGGUACUGGGGCAGCCUGACCGCCAACGAAGCCAAGGAGAUCCUGCAGGACUCCUCGGAGGGGACCUUCCUGGUGCGGGACAGCUCCCAGCGGGACUACCUGUUCACCAUCUCGGCCAUGACGUCGGCCGGCCCCACCAACCUGCGCAUCGAGUACAAACACGGCAAGUUCAAGCUGGACUCGGUGGUCCUGGUGAAGCCCAAGCUGAAGCAGUUCAGCAGCGUGGUGCACCUGGUGGAGCACUACGUGCAGAUGUCCCGCGCCAGCGACAAAGCAGCAGCGGCGGCGGCGGCAUCGGUGGCGGCGGCUGUGGCAUCAAACUCUCAGCCCAACGGCACGGUGCAGCUGCUGCUCACCAAGCCGGUGUACACGGCCACGCCGGCGCUGCAGCACCUCUGCCGCAUCGCCAUCAACCGGAGGACGAGGCGCGUGCAGGAGCUGCCGCUGCCCAACCGGCUGAAGGACUACCUGACAGACUACACCUACAACGUGUAGCGGAUUCAAUCCCAUCAUGCACUGCUCCGAUAGGAACCGGCAGCAAGGACCAGCCGGAGGGACGAAACCUCCGCGGGACGUCCGGUCGACAGUCGAAGGUUGAAGUCCCCUGAGGUUGGCGUGAACUUGUGCCGCUGCAGUACAAGGUCCAAAAUACCAAAAACACAGCGGUGGAGGUGUAGCCUGAGUACUUGUAUAUGACCCGUCAGUACUGCUCUGUGGUACUUUUUAUUUAUUUAAAUUUAUUUUGGCGGCUUAUCUGCCUUUUAAAUGGACAGGACAGCUAGGAGAGAGAGAGAGAGAGAGAAGCCGUCACAGGUCGGACUCGAACGCUGGACCUCUGCAUCGAGGCAUAAGUCUCUAUGUAUAUGUGCGCCUGCUCUACCCGCUGAACCAACCCGGCCACUUCGCUCUGCGGUACUUUAACCGACCACAACGUGAGUUUAAGACCUUCCUCCGCGGUGCUGUGGAGGAAGGUCUGGACAUAACAUUACAUUACAUGUCAUUGAGCUGACCAUUCAUCCAAAGCA